AUGAGGUGGGGAUCUCCAGUGGUGACACCAAAGGGGAUGACUGCGUCACUGUGGUGGACUCCUCGAGCUGUGACUCCACUGUCACGUGCGGAGGGUUCCUCUUUCUUGGACAGAAAUGAGGUGGGGAUCUCCAGUGGUGACACCAAAGGGGAUGACUGCGUCACUGUGGUGGACUCCUCCAGGAAUGAGGUGGGGAUCUCCAGUGGUGACACCAAAGGGGAUGACUGCGUCACUGUGGUGGACUCCUCGAGCAUCAGCAGUGAAAAGGCAGGGACCCACUCAGCUGUGACUCCACUGUCACGUGCGGAGGGUUCCUCUUUCUUGGACAGAAAUGAGGUGGGGAUCUCCAGUGGUGACACCAAAGGGGAUGACUGCGUCACUGUGGUGGACUCCUCGAGCAUCAACAGUGAGGAGGGAGGGAACUACUUAGAGGUGAUUCCACUGUCACGUUUGGAGAGUUGCUGUUUCUUUGAUUGGAAUGAGGUGGGGAUCUCCAGUGGUGACACCAAAGGGGAUGACUGCGUCACUGUGGUGAACUCCUCGAGCAUCAGCAGUGAAAAGGCAGGGACCCACUCAGCUGUGACUCCACUGUCACGUGCGGAGGGUUCCUCUUUCUUGGACAGGAAUGAGGUGGGGAUCUCCGGUGGUGACACCAAAGGGGAUGACUGCGUCACUGUGGUGGACUGCUCGAGGUAUUGGAUCAUUUACCCUUUACUUUAUUCUCUGUAGCCACUCUUGAAAUGACUUGAAACUGCUGAUUCAGUGCUCACUGUGCUGAGUCCUUUAGCAGCGAGGAGGAGGAUGAGCUUCUCCUGCCAGAGCCCUGACACUUGAGUUCUAAUCCACAGCUAGACGCUAAGAAUUAACUGAAGGCAAUAUGGGCCAAGCCAACAUGCUUAGAAGAAUAUUGUUAUGAACUAUAAUGCUUCAUUGACUUUAAU